AUGGUUACACUUGAAUUUGAAGACGCUCCCUCUCUGCACCAUGCCCGUAAAGAGAGGCAGCGUGCCGGGCCCGACACGGCGCCUCCGACGGAACAUGAGCACGUCGUGGCCUCGUAUGGGAGGCGGCAGCGCCUACUGAGCGCCUACAUGGCACGGCACUACGGCAGCAGCUGGAGUACGAGCAAGGGCAUGAGGAGAAUCGCCCGGCGGCUGGGACGGUGGCCGAGAGAGCCGCAAGCCAGGACCGACACCGAACAAGAAUUUGCGCGCCUCCUUACUGCCCACAGCCUCGUGGGCAUGGACGCCGCCAGCAUUGGCAUUCUGGUAUGGGACCAGAUGUCGCCCACGCCGGACACGUUCGAUGCCACAAGGCUGCAGACUGCCGGGACCAAGGAUAGACGAGGCCAGUCCGAGCCGCUGAUGGUCCGGUCGGGCGGGCUCGGAGACGGCGUCAUGCCGUUUUGCUGCGACAGCCUGUACGACUACGAGGAGUACGCCGACAAUGGCAAGGUGCUGUGGAGGACCACGGCCACCUGGGACCACAUCUUUGACGAGGCGGCCUAUGCGAGAAAGGAUGCCAUGUGUCAGGCCGAGGUGGACGAGUCCAACGCCGACGACUGGGGGGUUGCCGCCGGCUUUGCUCGCUACGAGCAUGGGCUGCUGCGGCACCCCAAGUACAGACUGCACGGGAACAAGGACCUGGGGAAGCAGUUCGUGUGCCUGUUCAAGGGCAACGAGCGGCUCUACGACUGCAGCCAGACGGUAAGCGCCCUGGCGCGCGCCGCGCAGAUCUCGCCCCUGGCCUCGACGUCGAUCCGCGUGACGGAAUACAGUCUGUACACGGGGGGCCCGGUGGCCGUGCCGCCGCCGCACUCCUUCACCUUUCCCUCGCAUGUGGUAGUGCCCAACCUGCAGCUGGGCGAGGCCGGGUGCGUCCAUCUCGACGGGGUCGAGGUCAAGAACACCAAGCGACACCGCGCCGAGGCGAUAUCCAUGGCGCAGCCGCGCCGCGUGGCCGACUUCUUGCGGGCCGGGGAUGUCUCGCCGUGCUUCUACAACAUGUGCAUCGUGGCCGGGCGGCUGCGGUACGACUGCCUGGACAUGAUGAUGGGCAGCUACGCAUUCACCAUGGCCGACUACGCCGACAGGUUCGGCGCGGACAAGACGGCGGCCACGCACGGCUGGGCCGACGCCGUCAUCAACAGCUUCGUGAACCCCCGGGCGGUCCACUACAACAUCGAGUCGUCCAUGUGCACGGCCGACGUGAUUGUGCAGCGGCUGAUUGACAACUACGAGGGCGGCGCGCUGCCGUCGCCCGGGGAGCUCUUUGACGCGCGCUGGAUCGACGGCGCGCUGCCGCAGUUCAUCGACCUCGCCCUGCGGUGCCAGCUCGGCGGCGGCACGUACAAGGGCUGGUACGACAGCAGCUGCGUCUACGUGCGGCAGGCCCUCGACAGCGUGGCCACGCUGCACGACGUCUGGGACCUGAUGGAGGACACGGCCGGCGGCGAGGGCGGCAACAUGUGCCGGCUCUACACCAAGGAGGCGCUCUGCCACGUGGCCGACUGGUGUCACGACAUCGGCCGGCGCCUGGCCGAGUGCGACUGCGGCGACGGCAUGCACGGCUUCGGCUACGUCUGGUUCCUGGUCAGCGAGCUGUACUACAUCACCAUCGCCAGAUGGGGCCUGCUGACGGCGCGCGGACGCGGCCACGCGCCGCUCAGCUACCACAGCCGGGAGCCGUGGCUGACGGACGGCACGCCGUACUGGACGACCGACGUUGCGCGGGCCAAGGCGGCGAGGACGCGGCUCGUGGAAGCCAUGAUCGGGCGUGCGAGCCGCGACCUGGCCGCGCUGGCCGUGGCCCCGGACGUCGACGCCGAGAUGCGGAAUCUCAUGCGCAUGUGGGGGAGCGUUUCCAACAGGACGCUCGCCGACAGCGUCCAGAUGCACUACCACAUGAGCAACGCCGUCGCGGCCUGCGCGCCGAUGGGCGUGCGCCGAGCCGACGUCGACUGGAGGACCUGGGUCGAGGUCUACAACGCCCUCAGCUACGAGGUGUCCUUCAACCCGGACAGUCCGUACCGCUGCGUCACGUCGCGGUACGCAGACGUGCUGCGUGUCGAGCUUCGCAGCAAGGGACGCAUCGCCCACGCCAUCAACACGCAAGUCACAGACGAGUACGCGUGCCAUCAGAGGAAUAGCGGAGGCACCUCGGCCUAUGCGGAUGAGGAGUGA